GUGAAGCUGCGAGAUUUAUCUGUCAGUUGCAGCCCGUUGGACUAAAGAUAAAAAGCGUGUGUCGAGUCGAGAAGAUACCAGGAUAGCUCGCCUUUAACCUAACCUCUUGGUGGAUUUGGAUUUUAUGUACAACAUGACAUUUGAGGAACUAAGCGGAGAUUACUCCCAGGAAAGAAUGGAUACGGUGGCGAAAGCUUUAGAAGAAGUCCUGACCUCAGCCUUGCCUCAGGGCUGCAUCACAGUCGGUGUCUACGAGGCUGCCAAGUCCCUCAACGUAGACCCUGAUAAUGUGGUUUUGUGCAUCCUGGCCACCGACGACGAGGACGUGAAAGAUGUGGCCCUGCAGAUCCACUUCACCCUCAUCCAGGCUUUCUGCUGUGAGAAUGACAUCAACAUCCUGAGAGUCAACAGCACCCGGCGCCUGGCAGAAAUCCUGGGAGGAGGAGGAGGUGGAAAGCAGAGUGGGGGUGAACCUAUGGACCUGCACUGCGUCCUUGUUACUAGCCCACAUUCGACAUCUUGGAAGGACCCUGCUUUGAGCAAGCUGAAAAGAUUCUGCAGCGAGAGUCGGUGCAUGGACCAGUGGGUGCCAAUCAUUAAUCUCCCCGAACGAUGAAGUUAUUGCUGCACAGAGGAAGAGUGGUGUGAACCCUGAUGGACACAUGCUACCACCCAGAGAUCAAAUUCCAAAGCACUGCUUAUGGGGAAAGAAAUUUUUCCAGGGGAAAAAACCCUGCUGUCUUUAAGGGAUGUAUUUGAAAAAAAGAAAAAAGAGCAGGGGCUGGAUUUCCACUUUGGACUGGACUGUUCGGAGUUGCGUCUGUCGGCCUUUGCAACCAAUAUGAGAUGGCGAGGCUCUUGUAUUGUGCUGAGGUGGAAAUGGUAAAAAAGCCUGCGUGCUUUUUAAUGUGAAGAUGGACACUGUACACGAGGAUUAUAUCAUGUAUGUAAAGCCUCUGUGAUGAGUCAGACAAACAUGGAGAAACCAGAGCACAGAGCUGUUGAAUGGACCAAGGCCUCGGCCUCUCUCUGCAGAAACAAAAGCACUUGUUGAAACACUGGACCUAUUGCAAUUUCACUUAUUUGAUUACAGUUGUUAAUGUUGACGUUGCUAUUGUCGUAAUUUAAAAAGGGAAGGGCUACACAUCCGGUGAAGACAUUCUGUGUAUUUAGUGUUUCUCAUACCAGCUGUUAUUAUUUGCCACAAGUGAAAUAGUUCCUUUGUUACAAUUUAAGUUAUUUCUAAUUUAAGUGUAUUUAUGUUUCUUUUUUUUUUUUUUUUUUUUACCUAUUUGCAACAUCUGAAUUCAAGACACAUAUAUGUAUUGCUGUCAAUAAAAAGUAUUUUUUGGAACAACA